CGGAGCGAUUCUCUCGCGAGGAAGGACGCCAUUAUCGGAUUUUAACAAGCAAGGAACGAGAACUGAACGACUGCUGAGGUGGCUGGCCAAGUAGUGUGUCACAACUGUAUCUGAGGUGAGGCCUCAAAUCUGACUGCCUGAAACUGAGUCAUGGAAGCUGUAACAGUGAAACAUAGAAGUCUUUGUUCACACAGUGAACCAUCAGGUCGCCAGCCUUGAAUGCCACAGAUCUAGCCUUCAGCAGAUGACGUACCUCCUGGUUCAUCAACGGCUUUUGGUUUGGGAAUGUACAGCAAGUCUUUGUAGGCACACACUCAUCCAUACAGGUUUUAAUGAAGUCGGUAACAACUGCAGCAUACUCAUCCAGAUUUGAAGAUGAAUCCCUGAAUACGGUCCAGACCACCGAUUCAAAGUCAUCCUAUCCUAGAGGAUUUUGAAGUUGGUAGAUGCUGGAUGAUAACUAGAUGAUGUCCGAACACGAUUUGACAGACGUGGUUCAAAUUGCUGUUGAGGAUUUGACACAAGAUCAAACAGAUGUUUUGGAGAAUCAUCAGCCUGAAGAUGGAGCUGUACAACCAGCUAUUAAACGCCCACGUGUAGAAAUUACAAAUGGGCAGCCUAUCCAAGAUGCCACAAUAAAGUCCAUUCUCUUUGACUUUAAUCAGGCCAUUUGUUUCCGUCUUGAUAGUAUUGAAGCCAAAAUUCAGGCGGUUGAAGCAACUUGUAAAGCUAUUGAAGAAAAGAUAGAUUUGGCUCUUAAUAAACAUAAUACCCCGAUCCAGGUCCCGAUGGUGGCAGGGUCACCUCUGGGGGCAACACAGACAUGGAACAAAGUACGCAGCACUGUACCACAGACUACUGUAAUAUUAAAUAGUGAUCGCCAGAACCCACUUCCUUCCAAGAUUUCCGGACAGGAAGAAGCUAUACCCCGAGGAACAGACACUAUUGAUAAUAUUCUCAGCAAUUCUAUGCCAGGGAGGAGACAGAACACAAUAAUUGUGAAGGUUCCUGGCCAUGAAGAUAGCCAUACAGAAGAUAUUGAAAGUGGAUCUGAAACAAGUGACACCAUCUCUAAUAGUGGUCAAUCAGGAGGUCAGAAUUUGGCACCCAAUGUCACACUCAUCACAUUGAACUCUGAAGAGGAUUUCCCUAAUGGAACCUGGUUAGGUGAUGAGAAUAACCCUGAGAUGCGAGUCAGGUCUCCUAUUACUCCAGCAGAUAUGCUACACGUUGCCACAAAUUGCAGAACAGCUGAAAAAAUGGCAUUGACACUUUUGGAUUACCUUUUUCAUCGUGAAGUACAAGCUGUAUCCAAUCUCUCAGGGCAAGGGAAACAUGGCAAAAAGCAGCUGGAUCCUCUAAUGAUCUACGGAAUUAGAUGUCAUCUUUUCCAUAAAUUUGGAAUCUCUGAAUCAGACUGGUAUAGAAUAAAACAGAGCAUAGACUCUAAAUGUCGAACAGCAUGGCGCAGAAAACAGCGUGGGCAAAGCUUGGCAGUGAAAGGUUUUGCACGAAGGACACCAUUAUCGUCCGUUGCAAAUGGAGCAGAUGGAAUGCAAGAAUCAGUGCCAUCAUCGGGAGAUUUGCAGCAAAACCAGGCCCAAACAUUGCACUAUGCAUUGGCAAAUGCUCAGCAAGUUCAUAUCCAUCGCAUAGGAGAGGAUGGACAGGUUCAACAAGUAGCUGUACAGGGGCACCUGCAUAUUGCACAGGUACCACAGGGGGAGCAAGUACAAAUCACUCAGGAUAGUGAGCAUUGUUGCCUCCAGGUACUUCCGCAAGUACAGGGCAAUCUUCAAAUACAUCAAGUCCAUGUUAGUCAAGAUGGCCAGGUGUUGCAAGGUGCACAGUUAAUUGCAGUAGCUUCUGCUGAACAUCAAACCAGUGGAGUAGAUGGAUCACCAUUGCAGGGAAGUGACAUCCAAGUGCAAUAUGUACAGCUUGCACCAAUAGCAGAUCAUGCUACAGCAGCUCAACUGCGCCAGAAAACAGUCAACAGGAACAAUUACACUCUCCUAGGAGGAGAUGAUGAUAGAAAUGAGCUUCAAGAAGUUCUACUACAAAAUGACGCAAGGGAACAGAAGCUCUUGCAGCCACAAUUCAACCUGAAAUAAAGAUUGAGCAUGGAGCAAUCCAAAUUCAACAAGGAGAGAACGGAGAAGUUGUUUCAAUCCAGAUGCCGGUUAAUACUGUCAGCAGUUAAAAAUAAACAAGUGGAACUAUAACAGAGGGAAUAAAAGCAGCAUGUAAAAAAAGUUCAAGCAACGGCAAAUCUGCAGAUUACAUAAUAUAGCAGCCAAAUCUGAAGCUCCUCACAUAACAAAAGAAUAAAGCAUUUAUAUGCUCUGUUGAGAAGAAUAAAAACAUUUUGUAUCAUUUGAAGAAUUUGCUUUCUGUUCGAAGUUGCAUCUAUUUUGAACAUUGGGAUCAACUGUACAAAACAAAGGUUCUUGUAUUUGAACAGUACCAUGUUAGCUUUUACUAUUCACUAUAUUUUCAAGGAGUCCGGUACAACUAUAAAAUACUGAAUUAUACAUGUGCUUUGAAGUUUUGAAGAGAUAUUUAUGAAUUAUAUACAUUAUAUCCAGAGUUCAGGGAGUUUAUUUUGUUGUUGUUAUUUUCAGUUGCAUAACCUUGAGGGCAAAGCUAGAUAAAGUUAUUUUGUAACUAAACCAACACACACAAAAUGAUAGAGGAACUUGUCUGGUCAGGCAACAUCUAUGAAGUGAAGUAAACCGUUGACAUUUCAGGCCAAGACCUUUCAUCAGGACUUGAUGAAGGAUCUUGACCCAAAAUGUCAACUGUUCAUAUCCCUCCGUAGAUCCCUCUUGACCUGCUGAGUUCCUUCAGCAUUUUGUGUGUUUUGUUCUAGAUUUCCAGCAUCUACAGAAUCUCUUGUGCUAUUGUAUCUAAUUUUGUUCAGAAAAUAUGGCAGUUAAUUGAGGAAGUUCUUUUCAACUAUUAUGAAAAAAAGAGUUAACAGUAUUACGGCAGUUAUCUCUGCCUUAAGUGAAAAACAUUUUUUUGCUUGUUUAGGUGUAGCAACAAGGUGAUACUUCCAGCCUAAAUCAUUAAGAAAACAGCAGAUACUGUUUUUGCACUAUUCGGCAUUUUGACUUAAUGACCACUGUGCUGUAGAAACAUUCAAGUAAAGAACUAAUUAAAUCGCUGGAAGCACAGGCUAAUGAUCUUGACCUUUUAACAUGGAUAACCUGGAGCAGGAACAUGACCUCAAUAAUAAUUGUGGAACCAUUGUUACAAUUGUUGCUCUCUGUUUAGAUGAUCAAGCAGAGAAGGACGCAAUGUUUUUGUUUAUCAUUACUGUUUCUAAAGAUAAAAAUAUUUAUUUUCCUGAGUAUUCCAGAUGUAUAAUUCUCAAUAUUUGCAAUAUGGAGUCACCUAGUAUUACACUUGAGUUUGAGCUCUUUAAACUUAGAUCUUUUUAUUUAAAAUACCAGUUGGAUUUUAUCUAAAAAUUUACAUUCAGAGUCUGUUUGUUAGUGCGUAACUUACCCAAUAUUAAAGAAUGUGAUAAAGGCAGUAGAAAAGAAGGAUGAGACUUAAGAAACAAAAGACUUAAUUUGAGUAAGGAAUAGCAAGUGAUGGAAAACAUUGGUGAGAGUUUUAAAUUGACUCCUAGGGCAUGGUUUGAAACAAGAAAGUAAAUUAGAAUGGCAUGUAACAUUGUCAUUACUAUAGUCAUUCGGAGCUUCAAUCUAUAAUCGUGGGCAAAUUAAUUGAGCAGUAACUGUGGGGAGCAAUAACUCAUGGACUCUAUAAAAGAGUUCGGGAAAUCAAUGUGGAACAAGUAAUUUUGCAUCAAAUCUGGAAUGAAAAAGGAGUUAAGGUUCAGGCGUUAGAUAUGAAUUGGGUGUACUAUAUUAAAAAUAAAUGACAAAACAAGCAAUGUCUAACUGUCAAAGAAGUACUAAAUAGUUUACAGUAAUAAAAUAUAUUUUAGGCAGAAAAAACAAAUCAGGAAAUCUGGUCCAGCACUGUUGAUUGUAUAUUUUUAGAUCAACAGGAAAAGCAUAUAAUGAUGCCAACAAAACAGUAAGCUUGAGGAAUGGGAAAUGCCAGAAUUCAGCAAAGGAGGACCAAGGCAUUAAUAAAGAAAAUAUAUGAGAGAAUGCCUUUAGAAAGCAUAAAAACUGAUUAUCAGAGUGUUUACAGAUAUGUUUAAAAAAAAGGUUAGCACAUGAUAAUGUGCUUCCCUCAGAUAAUGAAAUGAAGUUAAUAUUAUUGGAGAAUAAGAAAAAGGCAGAGAAAUAAAUAUAUUGCCUCUACACAGAAACUCCCAGAGAUAAUGAAGCACCACAAGUCUGGAGUGUUUGAGGAUCUCAAGAGAAUUAGCAGUGAUAAAAAAACUAACUUUGGAAGAAUUAAUAGGAAUGCCUGGGAAAUGAGAAUUGCAUUUUAGGAUUUUGGAGAAGGUGGCACUGAGGUAAAAUAUCAACUGCUAUCUAAAUGAAUAUCAAAGCAGGUACAAAGAAGUGAGUGGUCUAGUAUUGCUUCUGUUUUUAUGUUCCUACUGAAUUGCCUCAGUAAUGUCUCACCAGAUUGGUAAAGAUUUCCAUGAUUUGAUGGGUUCAGUAAAAGUGUAUAUUAAAGUUGAACAUGGCGCAGAAAGUUUUCAGUACAGAGUGUAAAUUUAUCCUUGCACAUGCCUAUUUAUAGAUUUCAGGAAUAAUUAUGUUUUAUUUCUGUUACAUGGGAUUGCAUUGGGUAUACAACACAGUUACAGUCUAUGUUGGUGUAAUGCUCCACUCAAGUAUCCCCCCCCCCCAUCUAAAUCAUCUGAGUUAUUAUUCCAGUGUUCUGCACAUAUUUGUUAUUUCUUUUCUAAAAGUGAAUAUGCUAUUUGUUCUAUUUAUCCUCCCUAUGGGAGCGUUCCCCGUAGAUGAACAUAGAAAUCGGAGUGGUGUAGUUAUUUUUCCCCUUGAGCGUGAAUUCAAUAAUAUCACUGCUGAUCUGAUUGUAGCCACCUAUCUACCCCAGUGAUCUUUCAGUCCCUUGCUUGUCAACAACCUAUCUCCCUCUGUGUUAAAAAUAUUUGCAGAAGAGUUCUAAAUGCAAAUGAUCCUUUGAGAAAGAAAUUUGACCUCAACUAUAUCUUAAAUCGAUUAACUCUUUCUUUUAAGCAGUAAUGCUCAUUCUACAUUUUCCCACAAGAGGAAGCAUAAUAUUUAUCUCCACUCCAUCAAGAUCCUUGAAGAUCUUGAGGUGAGAAAAUUCUUUUUGAUUUUAUUGGUGGCUAUCUUUGAUUGAUGGCCUCCAAGUAAUGCCACCAGAGGAGAAAGCAUACCUUAUUUCAAUUUUUCCAUAUUUUUAUGCCUCACAUCAUUUUUUUUCUUGUAAGAGACCUGGUCUGUUUGUUCAUAUUUCAACUCCUAUUUGCAUUAUCUUUACAAACCUCUUCUGCACCCUCACCUCUAUCAUUUUUCAUAAAAUUGCAACCAGAAAUGGUACAUGUAAUACUCGAAGUGUGAUGCAACCAAGAUUAAUAUAACUUACUUAAUUUUCAUCUCUGUUCUGGAAAUAAAUGAAAAU